CAUGCAAUUUGUUAGCAGUUAUAAAUUGCAUUCUCAAGCUCAUCUUGAGCACAGUCUAUCACUUUUCUUUCUUCUGGUCAAAACUCUGUAUUUGCACAAUCAUUUUAACCAACUCCUUGAUGGCAAGGACACCAAGCACUGUCAUAUUAUCUUUGGUACUAAUUGUGUUUUUGCUUGGCGAUGUCAACCAUGCUGUCAUUACUGAGUCUCCCACUCCCCAGCCACAACCUGUUAAGAAUUUCCCCAUGAAUGGUACUACACCGGGGAGUCUCCAUCCUCAAGAUUGUUCCCCGCGGUGCACUAUAAGGUGCUCAAAGACAGCAUACAAGAAGCCCUGUAUGUUUUACUGCCAAAAGUGUUGCGCAAAGUGCUUGUGCGUUCCUCCAGGAACAUACGGAAACAAGCAAUUCUGCCCUUGCUACAAUAACUGGAAGACAAAGAGGGGAGGACCUAAGUGCCCUUGAAUAAUAUGUACUCGUUCCGUUAAUGAUGUACCUGUAUCUCAUUUACAUUCCUAGUGUUUGCUCGCUCGAUUAGCACAAGGAGCAUGUCUGAGUACUUUCUUGUCGAAUUAAUAAAAUGAUCUGUUUACUGGUUUGGUA